UAACGGCAGUUGCUUUGGAUAAAGGCGUCAAUUAAAUGUAAUCUAGCCCUAACAUUAAGUGUUAAAAUCAGUGAAUUUAUCAAAACAAUCUCUGUAAAGGCCUGUUGACGUACCGUUAUUAAUUGGCUUUAAUAUUAAAGCAAUCAUCAUCAUUUCAGCGCUCGUGCUGCUGUAGCCAGCGCUCGUGCGCUGCGUCACCUUUAAGACGCCUGCGACAUUUUUUCUCGUGCAGCUUCUCUUCCGAGCAUCGGUGGAGCACCAGCGGAGCAGCUCGUAAUCUGCGGUCUCUGGAAGCGGAGGUAACGGCGUCGCGAGGGAGCGAAGGGCGUCGGACUCUGGACUGUGAAAGUCUCGAGACUGGGGUGCUAAAAUCGAGUCUUUUCCGUCGGCCGAGCGCACGCGUUGGUGGGGGCACGAGAAGAGGACGACCCGAGCUGCGGAGAGCGAAGAGGAGGGGACGGAGAGCGAGAGGGGUGUAGACUCAAAAUGCUAUCCCUUUAAAACAAGGGGACAGGACGGUGGGGAGAGAGCGAUACAGGGGGAGAAGAGAAGAUAAAAAAGAGAAGGAAGAAAAGCGGCAAGGGUGGGAGGGAGGGAGAGAGAGAGAUGUAGAAAAAAAAAGAUGCCACCCUCAACAUUGAACCGCCGGGCGGAGCUACUGUCUGCAGCCGUGCCAGGGUGCGCUUGUCUGGGAUGCUGCUGAACGCCACACCGAGGCUGCUGCUGGAGCCACUGCGGAGGCCUGGACAGUCAGAAUAAAGAUUCAUUAACUCAAUUUCCCACCAAUCAAACUCACUGCUGCUUAAUUACGCAAUUACAUAAAAAGCAUAUUGCAUCGCUGUCCACAGGGGGAGUACUGUAGUACACUGCGCUCUGUGUUGCUGAUCUGUGGCAGUUGUGUUUUUUUUAUUGGGCAUAGGUAUCUAUCAUGUAGUUACUAUGUAGCUUGUUACCACUGCAGCAGGAAAAUUGAGGCAACAGCGUUUGGAAUGGCUUUGUAGUGCGCGCAAAUGACAGGUGCCACACAUGAUACACGUGAGAAGAUUCUGUGCGCUCGUUUGAUCUGUCAGGGGACACACACUUUACGCAAGAGACGGAGAGGUCAGAGAAUCUUCGGUAAAUGCUGAGAAACUGCAGAGCAUCCAACUGACAACUUCAUUCUGGUAAACUCAACUCCUGAUUCGUCCCCUGACUGUGCUCCAAGGAGUGAGCCCUCCAGCCGAAAGAGUACAGAACACUCUUCCACGGGGAGGGGGGAAACAUCGUCAUGGACAACACGUGGAGUAAUUUUCUAUUUCAGGCCACGCCCUCCCAGGCCCAAACAGACAGCGGCGUCCAAUCAGAACUGGGCUCUGCAGAUGGCAGCGUCCAAGCAGAGCUGCUUCCUGAGCUGGCGGGCGACACCCACUCUCCGGCCCACGAAGAAGCCCCGCCCUCCACCAUUGAUGCAGCAGCGCUGAAGGAGGACACGCAGACACACGCGGCACCACCAGCACCACCUGCAGUGAAAGGCGUCCACACGUGUGCUACGUGCGGUCGCCAGUUCAAGAGUGGCUAUAACCUGCGUCGUCACCAGUCGGUGCACACGGGGGUGAAGAUGAAGGGGGCUAAGGGGGGCGCCAAGACCACAGUCCCCCUCUCCCUGCUGCACCUCACCAACCCCCUCCUGGACACCACCCCCGCCGUCACCACCAGCGCCAACCAGGCCCUUGCUGCGCUCCCCGUAACCACCGGCAACCAGAGCAUCGCAGCGCUCCCCGUAACCAGCGGCAACCAGGCCUUUGCUGCGCUCCCCGUAACCACCGGCAACCAGAGCAUCGCCACCAUCGCCGGGCAACCAAUCAGCACCGCCGUGAUGGUGGGCGGGACGACAGUGCAGGUGUUGGCAACCCCCCUCACCCUGGUUCCCAGUGGCAUGAGCGUCUGUGCCGACGCGAGUGUGUGUACGAACGCGAGCGUGUGUGCGGGAGCAGGGACGGCCGUGCCAGUGAGCGUGUGUGCGGGAGUGCCCACGAGCGUCAGUGUGUGCGGCGAUGCGUCUGCGGCUGCGUGUGUGAGUGUGUGUGCGGGCGCGGCUGUGCCUGCGUCGGCGCCCGCGUCUGGAUCUGCGUCUACGGUGCGUAAGAACCACGUGUGCGAGGCGUGCGGGAAAGCCUUCCGAGACGUCUACCACCUCAACCGACAUCGACUCUCACACUCCGACGAGAAGCCCUUCACCUGUCCCAUAUGCCAACAGCGCUUCAAGCGUAAGGACCGCAUGAGCCACCACGUCAGGUCCCACCAGGGCGGAGUGGAGAAGCCCUACGUCUGCCCUCACUGCUCCAAGGCCUUCUCCAGGCCCGACCAUCUCAACAGUCAUGUGAGACAGGUGCACUCUACUGAGAGACCCUUCAAAUGCCCUACGUGUACGUCAGCGUUUGCCACUAAGGACCGCCUCCGUGCGCACCUGAUUCGUCACGAGGACAAGGUUCCGUGCCACGUGUGCGGCAAGCUGCUGUCGCCCGCCUACAUCACCGAUCACAUGAGGGUCCACAACCAAUCACAGCACCACCUCUGCCACCUCUGCAGCCGCAGUUUCACCAGCUUGACCUACCUGCGUGUCCAUGCCCAGAAGCAGCACGGGGGCGCGUGGCGCGAAUGUGUGGGGGGCCGCGGGGUGGGAGGGGUGCUGCUCUGCCACCUCUGCGGCGUCCACUGCAAAACCCCCACGCAGCUCCAGGGACACAUGAGCACGCACCAGCCAAUCACGGCCCAGAUACAGGAUCACGUGACCGCCGGCGAGCCUAUCACGGCCCAGAUCCAGGGUCACGUGACCGCCACAGGCGAGCCCAUCACCAUCCAGCUGCAGAGUCACGUGGCCACUCACGACCCGGCCCACCCGACCAAGGAUACACCAAUCACCGUCCAGCUACAGGGUCAGGUGAUCGCUCACGACCCCUCCCAGCCCACAGCCCAGCUACAGGCUCACAUGACCACGCAAGAGCCCGCCCACUCGACGAAGGACGCACCAAUGGCGGGCCAGGAGGCGGCAAGCUCCACAGUGGAUGGGUCAGACCCCGUGCAGGAUGCACAAGAUCCCGCCUCCUCAACACAAGCCUCCGCCCAGAUCCAGGGUCACGUGACCGGGCACGAGCCAAUCACGGCCCAGAUCUUGGGUCACAUGGCCACGCAGGCCGUCGCCCACUCUACCCAGGCCACGCCCUCCACCGCCACCAUCACUGUUACCGAUGGCAACCACACCGUCAGCCUCCUUCUCACAGACUGCACCCCCAUCACGCCUCAGAGCUAACACACACACACACACACACAUACACACUCACACUUAAGCCCAUACACACACACACACACACACACACACACACACACACACACACACACACACACACACACACACACACACACACACACAAGUAUGUGUGAGUGACAUUGUCAUUGAUUGUCGUUGUUCCCCUAAGAUGCAGAUGCAGGGUAUGUGAUGUAAAGUAUGUAACAGAUGCCUCCAGCUAGCAGAGUUCGACAUAGAGCACUACAGAAGUAAGCCUGAACCUGACUCACGCCACCUGGCUGCGCUUUGCCAAACUGCACGCGAGGGCCUCCUGGUUUCCUCAAGCAACCAUCUGAGGCUUGUGAAAGUCAGAACCAUUUCUGAACGCAUGAGCCAAUCAGGAGCGCUGGGUGAGAUGUUCCAUAGAUGGGCGUCGUUAUGGCUCUUCUUCCCACCUGUCGUUCUCAGGUGUGUCUGUGUCAUGGUGUGAGUACAGUGUGAGUGACACGUCAGGAAAGAUUAGGGACAGAUUGUUUAUCCAACAACAUUAUUAACCCAUUUUAGCCUGGAAGCACAUAUACGCUGCAUUCAAGCUCUUGAGAUUUGAGGGUUUUUCAUUAAAAUGUGGGUAUGUUAGAGCUGAAUGAACACAUACUGAUGCAAAAUGAGGGUCCUAGCUUUUCAAUGCAACCUAUUUCAUGUUUGUAGGUGCUUCAGAGGCGGAGAUAUUUAGGUUUUCAUUGGCAGAAGUCACCCUUCCCCAAAAAGGGCUUAGGCUAAAAUGGGUUAAUCCCCAUCCUGAAGCCUCAUACAGACAUGCCAAUGACUUAGAUAAGCCAUGUGCCCAAGACCGAUCUACACUACCUGAGCGACGGAAGUCAUUAUUUCUCUAUGGCCGGUCGGCGACUAAAGCGAGCAAAGCGAAUUUCCCAGGAGGGAAGCGAUCUGAGCGACCAGAGCGAAUUUCAGCGAUUAAAGUCAAGCUAAUAUUAUGGCCAUGAGCUAUGAAGUUUUUUCGAAAACCAAUUGGAAUUUUCAUACCUCUGAAUGUCCCAGGCUGACAAGCCAGAGCCGUUAUGUGAUUAGCUAAACCAAACAUGUUAAAAGUUCACGUCCAGAGCGAAUAAAGCAAAUUCAUGGCAAAACUUUUUCAGCGACCUUAGCUAUCUGGGUAGCGUGGGUCGUUUCUGGUGUACACACACGGCUUUAGAUAGGAGCCUGGCUUUUAGCUCACUGCAGCAUCUAUUUCCAUACAAGAGUUUGUCGCGAGGUUCGAGGCUGGGUCUGGAUUGCGGAGGAUGACCACACACACACACACACACACACACACACUGAAUGGUGAGUGUGUUUGUGCCAUUAUCAGGGUCAGUCCUUUCCUGAUGUACUUACUUUAGAGCUGAAAUGCUUCUGUACAGGAACCUGACAGGUUCUAUGGUAAAUGAUAAGAGAGAGUGUAUUUGUGUGUGUUUGUAGUGUUUAGGGAGACCGUGUGUACAAUAGCUCUCGGCUAUUAGAGGACUCUUAGUGUUCCCUGUCUACCAGGUGGAUGGGGGGUGGGGGGUGGCUGGGGUACGAGUCCCACACCUGUACAUUGACUCCCCCGACCUCACCCCCAACCUCAGACCGUCUGUUUUAUUUGUCAUGAACUGUGAUAGGGUCACUGCAUUAGUGUACAUGGACUGAACUGUGAUAGCAUCACUGCAUUACUGUACAUGAACUGUGAUAGUAUCACUGCAUUAUGAAGCAUCAUAGCAUUAUUAUUAUGAAGUGUCAUCAUAGGAUCAUAUAGACAUGUUGUUCAGCCUUAAUGUCACUGUGUUUUGCCUUCAUCUGUACCAUUGUGUUAUUACGCCAUUCAAAUAAUGAUUAUACCAUCACAUGAUAACAUGAGGUAUGCUGUAUUGUCAUAGUAAACCAUCAUUGGGUAUUAUUACACCAUAUACUGUGUAUUGUCAUAUUAAACCAUGGCAUAUUGUUACAUUCAUACUUAAUUGUUAUAACAUCAUAUUAUUACACUACAUGCUUGACUGUCAUAUUAAACCUUAAGAUAUGCUUUAGACUGCUUAACUAUCAUGUGUCAUGCACAUAUUCCUGUCACGUUUUGGCAAAGUAGUGUGAAAUUAGUUUUUUCCCUCUUUUUUUAAGUAUUAUUUACAAUGAAAUUGUGCAUUUCAUGUGUUGAUGAUGGAUGUAUUUAAGUUAUUUAUUUCAUCAUUCUAAAUACCUUCUGCAUAUUGUUUCUAGUAUUGACCUAGUCUCUUGAUUCUGCAAAGUUACACCUCUUGGGUUUUGUUUUGAGAUUGACAUUGUUGAAACAAGGGCAACAUUAAACUCUUGCUAUGUUGGCAUGUUGUAUUAAAGACGCAUAUCUGCAAUGUGUUAAUUCAUGAGUUAGAGAACCCCAGAUAGGCCUACUACUUUCGUGUGUUGUCCUGUGUAAAGCCACA